AUGCCGUCGGAUAUCAACGAUAAGAACCGUCGAUCCGGUGAUCACUCGCAUUCAUCUCGGCGCACACACGACCCGUCAACGUCGUCAUCUUCUCGCUCUCAAUCCGCACGCGCCCGCUCUCCCUCUCCAUCCACAUCCAUCUCUCUUCCAUUCGAUGCCUCUCCGCUCACCUCCGACGACUACUUCAUCCGUUCCAGCGAGUUCAAACACUGGCUAUCCUCCAGCAAGCAGCUGUACCUGGAUGAGAUCUCCUCCGCCUCGGCACGACGUUACUUUGACCGAUUCGUACGUCGAUGGAACGCUGGUCGACUGGACGAUCCGUACUACAGCGGGACGAUUCGAAGUCUAGACAGUUCAGCUGGCAAAACACGACACAAAUGGAGUUUCACCACGCAUCAAGGGUACGCUUCGGAGAAAGCAAAGUUGGAGUUGAUGAAGGAUUCGAUCGACACGCUAACGAAUGGCGAUAGUAGAGGUGCGAGAGAGGCGAGGGAUGCAGAGCGACGAACGAAACGCUCCCACAAUACGGAGGACUCAGAGCGCGGUAGCCAAGCUCGACCUUCUACCGUAGCGCAAAGACAGUUCGAUCGUGAACACCAACGAGAUCUGGACCGCAUCUCCUCGAGUCAAGACCGAAAGAGACUCCGACAAGACGCAGCCGACAUGGCAGAAGAACAAGAAGGCAAGAGUACGGGUAGAGAAAGAACGAUGGAGAAAAGGAGGGAGAUCAACGCUGAUAAACGCGCAUUCGCUGAAAGCAGACGUCCAGACGGGCUCGAGCUCGACGACAGGGAUAUCUACGACGAUGAGCGCAAAGCUGGAAGAGGAGAUGAGGACGCAAGAAACAGGGGGAGGAGCAAGAGGGAACAAGCGAGGCAGGAGAGGUUGGAGGAGAGAAAGGAGGAGUUGCAGGGAAGGGUGGAUGAGAUGAAGAGGAAGGAGGAUAAGACGAUGGACAUGUUCAAGGCGAUGGCUAGGGAGAGGUUUGGCGGUGGGAGUGGGUAG